AUGAAUAGUAUUGAACGACUUAAUGUCCUUGUUAUUGGUCCUUGUUAUUCUGGCAAAUCCAGUUUAAUAAAAAGGUAUAUUUUAAAUGAAUUUAUAGACAUAUAUGAUCCGAUAAUAGUAGAUACUUACAACAAAAAAUUGAAGUUCAAAAACAAAGAAUUAAUUCUUCAAAUUACGGACGUCACAGGGUCCGAAAGUUGUGAAGCGAUUUUAUAUGAUGAGAUAAGAAACAAAGAUGGAUAUCUACUUGUGUAUCCCAUCAACUCCAAAGAGAAAUUUAAAGAAGUUGUUGUUUUUCAUCAACGAAUUUACAAAGAGUUGAACAAAACUUCAGAUGAAAAAAUUGCCCUCGUCUUGUGUGCCAACAAAAGUGAUUUGGAACAAGAAAGACAAGUAUCUACACAAGAAGGACAGGAUCUUGCUGAUGAGUGGGGCUCUCUAUUUUUUGAAGUGUCGGGGAAACACAACAUAUAUGUUGACAAACUUUUUGAAUCACUAGUAACAGAAAUUAUUAAUCAAAAAAUAACAAGUAAAAAUAAUUUUAAUUAUGAUUAUAAAUCAAAACAAGACUGCGUUUUAAUGUAA